GAUCUCCGACUCUCCCUCAAGUGGCUUCGCCACUGCACCUGCGAUGAGUUCUCUGUCCAUGGCGGCUGCAGUGGUGGCAGUAGAAGCCUAUAUCCUGCAUUACUGCUCUUGAAACCUUGCUGUAACUUUGUACGCGUCGUAAGAUGGUGGUGGUGGUGGUGGUGGUGGUGGUGGUGGAGGAUGAUGAUCAAUUUCCAAAGGCUACUUUGGACUUUGGUGUGUUUUUACCUUUUACCGCCGAAAGGCCGCGGUAACGGUAACUCACGCAUCUCGCAUGCUCCGUUGAAAAUAAAUACAUAAAAUUCAAAAAAAAUUGAAAGGAUAGGACAAACUAAAAGAAUCAAAAUUUGCGCCAUUCAUUCCGAACGGCCAGGGAAUUCCUAAAUCGGCAAUCGGGAAAUCUGGAACGGAUUUCGCCGACGAGAAGGGCCGCCGUCUGCCAUGGCGUUCGCAGCCGUAGCUUCUCCUCCGUCCUCUCUUUCUCUCUUCCCCACCACUACCACCACCAGCAGCUGGUCGUCUAUCCACAAGCUCAACAAUGGCUCCUACUGCGCCAAAAAAACCUACAGUCUCACAAUCAAAUCCUCACUGGAUGAGAAAACCCCUAAAUCGACCGCCGGCAAGCAGAGCUCCUGGGUUAGUCCUGACUGGCUCACUUCCCUGACCCGCUCACUAACUCUCGGUGGCAAAAAGGACGAUUCCGGCAUCCCCAUAGCCAGUGCGAAGCUCGAGGACGUCAGCGACCUCCUCGGCGGCGCUCUCUUCCUCCCUCUGUUCAAAUGGAUGAACGAGUACGGACCGAUUUACCGCCUCGCCGCCGGCCCCAGGAAUUUCGUGAUUGUUAGUGACCCGGCGAUUGCCAAACACGUUUUGAGGAAUUACGGUACUAAGUAUGCGAAAGGUCUCGUAGCCGAGGUCUCCGAGUUCCUCUUCGGGUCGGGAUUCGCCAUUGCCGAAGGCCAGCUGUGGACGGCGAGGCGGAGGGCAGUGGUUCCAUCUCUGCACAAGAGGUAUCUAUCUGUGAUUGUCGACAAGGUGUUCUGCAAAUGUGCUCAGAGAAUGGUAGACAAGCUACAAGCUGAUGCUAUGAGUGGCAAUGGUGUCAACAUGGAAGCCAAGUUCUCCCAGUUGACUCUCGAUGUAAUUGGGUUGUCGGUGUUUAACUAUAAUUUCGACGCUCUGAAUACUGAUAGCCCAGUGAUAGAUGCUGUCUACACUGCUCUGAAAGAAGCAGAAGCUCGUUCCACUGAUCUGUUGCCAUAUUGGAAGAUUAAGCCUCUAUGCAAGGUGAUACCAAGACAAGUGAAAGCUGAGAGAGCUGUUACAGUUAUAAGGCAAACUGUGGAAGAGCUGAUUGCAAAGUGUAAAGAGAUUGUGGAAAGUGAGGGUGAGAGGAUAGAUGGGGAGGAAUAUGUUAAUGAUGCUGAUCCAAGCAUUCUUCGGUUUUUGCUCGCUAGCAGAGAAGAGGUUUCGAGUGAACAAUUACGAGAUGAUCUCUUAUCAAUGCUAGUUGCUGGGCACGAGACAACAGGAUCAGUAUUGACCUGGACAUUGUACCUUCUGAGCAAGGACUCUUCUGCAUUGACGAAGGCACAACAAGAGGUUGAUCUAGUAUUAGAAGGAAGACCCCCUACCUAUGAAGACGUAAAGAAUCUAAAGUUUCUGAUGCUCUGCAUACUUGAGUCCAUGCGCCUCUAUCCACAUCCUCCUGUACUAAUCAGACGAGCUGAAGUUCCUGAUGUGCUUCCAGGCGAUUACAAGGUCAAUCCUGGUCAAGACAUAAUGAUUUCAGUGUAUAAUAUCCAUCACUCCUCUAAGGUAUGGGAUAGAGCAGAAGAGUUCAUCCCAGAGAGAUUCGGCACAGAAGGUCCUUUGCCAAAUGAAUCAAACACAGAUUUCAGGUUCAUUCCAUUCAGUGGAGGACCGCGUAAAUGUGUUGGCGACCAGUUUGCUUUGCUGGAAGCCAUUGUCGCCCUCUCGAUCUUUCUCCAAAACAUGAAUUUCGAGCUCGUCCCAGAUCAGAAAAUCAACAUGACAACGGGAGCAACUAUACACACCACUAACGGACUGUACAUGAAGCUCAGCCGGAGGCAAAGUAAGCUAGCAUCGUUAGCUUCAUCAUCUCCUUCACGGUAAGUCACAGAAUUGUACAUAGAUACUCUUAUUCAUGUAAGCUCGGCAAGUCGGGGAAAUUACAGAUCCAUACCUGCAUUUUGUCUCUUAGAUAAGAGGUAGCCAUAUUGAGUUUUAAGUGCCUAGUCACUACUAAAGCAUUUUGCCUAGUCACCAUGGUUCAGAUCUCUCUCAAGCAUGGCUUUUUAGCCCCUCUCGUUCAGAUUUAUGACACUAGAUCACCGACUCCAAAGCAACAUUUAUUGAGGAGUUAAGCUGAGUUCUGUUACCUUCGGCAUUGCAAGAGCAAAUCACCCCAUCACUCUGCAAUUUCCUGUUGCCAAGCCGAUCUCUAUUGGCGAUCGACAUGAAAUGAAUGAUAAAAGGCUGAGGUAAACAAUGUUGAGAAGUCUAUGGAUUUCAGAAUGUCAGCUGCUCCUAGGUGGUAUUUAGAAUCCAACCAUCAUUUAACACGAAUUCGGCUCGAAAUCCACCAACUAAUGGAUUCUGAGAAAGAAUCCACAUGUCCAAAUUCACGGCCAAAACACGGCCCUUCUAAAUCGGGAAGUAUACAUCACACGUGAGUAUUUAUGAGUUUCCGCAAAAAGGUGACGCCACAUAGCUGCGGUAGCUGCCAAAUACGCUCGUUUUCAAAAGCCUUUAGCAUUAACCAAUCACCGCGGUUAGGGUUUGUUUGGAAGUUGGGAGUCUAUGAAUAUGUAUAUUCUUGCGAUGUAUGUAUUCUAAGUGUAGUGAUUUCAAAAGCCUUUAGCAUUAACCAAUCACCGCGGUUAGGAUUUGUUUGGAAGUUGGGAGUCUAUGAAUAUGUAUAUUCUUGCAAUGUAUGUAUUCUAAGUAUAGUGAUUGUAAGAAAUAGAUAAUUGUAAGAAUAUGUUGUUUGUUAGUUGUGAUUCUCACUUUUAAAGAAUAUAAGGAUUCUCACUUU